CUGCAGCAUCCUUACCAACCUUAUCCCCAAAAUGUUCGCUACUAAUCUCAUCCUGGUUCAAUCCCUUAUGGUAUGUAUCGGUGUAUAUGCGUGGGUUUUACCUACUAUCGCUAUGGACCCACCUAAUUGUUUUAAAGACUCAACAAGCCGCCGUUAUAAACUGGGUCCAUGUUACUACGUUCGGGGGAAUGGUACUCUGGUUAACGCUGGGGCGAUCCUAGUGACCCCGGUCGUAGCCUCGGGUAGGCCGUUCUGGGCCAACUUUGAGCUGUUUGUCAUGCUCUCGAAAGGAUCCUCAGUUCCGACUGGUGUCGGCAUAUAUACCCAAGGAGGAAGCCUUUACACGGUUAACCUUCCCAGUAAGAUUACGGUGGAAACAGGCUUCUAUGCCGACAGUAACUUUCAACUAGGUGGAAAGAAAACGUCGGAUGGAUUCAGGUUGGACUUUCCCGUGUUCAUCAAGGCUACGGUUAAGGUCCCUUACAUUGGAACACUUGUUCUCCCUUUGGUAAAGCAGAACGGAUUCGCUAUUGUGAGUGACAAGGGCGAACCACAUCAUCUAAUCGCCAGGGCUAUAACUACAGGCAGUGAUGGUGGCUUAACGGCUAGCAUAUCGAUGAACUUCGAGAUAGGUUCAGUAAAUCUUCUCCAUUGGCGUUACAGUAGCUUCAUGAACAUAAACAUUUCUGGUAGAAAGGAUGGUUUCAGCUUCACUUAUGUUAAAAAAGUACCCCUUAUAUCCAAGAGUCUAUAAUGAUCACUCGGGCGUCUAAAUGUCAUUAAGGAGCUUCUUCGUUCUCGCUCCCCUUUACGUAAUCCGCAGAGUCUCUGAUCGUGAAUUUGACUUGAUUUUGUCUAUUGAUUUCCGGCCUAAUAUCUUUCUAAGUCUGAUUCACCGUUAGUAGCAAAGUAGUAAUUUUUUGAGGUUUAUCAGCUUUGUAGGUCCGGUAAUCACAACAACAUUCUGUCUUAUCAAGAUACUCGACAGUCAUCCGGGAUUACUCAUCUUUUACUAUCUGUAUUAUGUUAGUUGUUGCUACGUAUUUAGUAGUACGUAGAUCAGUUGGUGGAAUAGGUUAUCUUUCCCUUUUGGAACAAAAGUUAUGACCCCCCUCAUUGUUUUCGUCAUUAUCACUUCA